CUGCGCGCCCCCGCCCAUUGAACAGCGGCGCGCUCCAGUCUUCCUUUUGUCCAACGGGCCACCUCGGGUGGAACACUCCAUUCUGGAAAAGAGGGAGAUCAGCUUGCUUAUCCCUCCUAAAAUUAAACUUAGUUUAUCGCAGUCAAUCGCAGUUAUCACAUCAAACGAAAGUUAAUACCUAUAUUCACUUCUAAACAUUUCAUAACUCCUUAAUACACUUGUAAAACUAUCUUCAGAUACGUUUAGGUAAAAGAAAGUCCACCCACGAGAUUGUUUUCGGAGCAGCAAAGAACCCCUCAGUUCUCCCAGCGAGCAUAGAGCUGAGAUGGGCGGGAGAGCAGAACACGCGGAGACGAUGCCGCUGUUCCGGGGAAAUUGCUUGAUUUGAGUCUCCUGCCUGGGUGAAUUGUUUUCGGAUGUCAUAUUAGCGACAAUAUGCCUCUGCGUGGUAUUUCUGGAGUUGUUUGAGGACGCGCUGGAUCUAUCUUCCUCCUCCUCUUCCUCUUUCGGCUGUUUAUUGGGGUUCUCUGCUCUUACGGCGCUCAAUCUUCGGCGUCUGUUUGAGUCAGAUUAUUAACCCGCUAUCUGGGAAAUAAAACCAGGAUGUAAGGAAAAGCGUUGAUGUGGGAAGGAACUUUAGGAACGCAUCCUGGUCCAAACACGGAGCCCUGCUGGUCCCUCCCGCCGAAGCUGGAGAUAGGGAUGGUGUGUCAGGAGCCCAUUGGGUUCGGAAAUGCGCCAUGUUUGUGAGAACGAUGAGCCUGGCAGACAUGUCCGGUUUCUUGCCCAGGGGAGAGCAGCUGGCAAUAAAGGCUCGGAGCACUGAUAAUCUGGACAGUUCAGGGGAGCCUGGGACCCGAUCGGUGGGCACCACUGCCAACUUGAAGGGGAAGAUGAGCAAAAGGCUUUCUGUUGUGAAAGGUCACUUCCCCAAGCUUGUUGACUGUGCCCACUUUCACUACGAAAAUGUGGACUUCGGUUCUAUUGAGCUUCAGUUUGCCAACGAGCAGAGCGAUGCCAGCUGGACCUCGGGCAGUGCCAAAGAUCUGGUUUUCCUCGUGCAGGUGUCCUGCCAGGGUAAGACGUGGAUGGUGCGGCGUUCGUAUGAAGAGUUUCGGACGCUGGAUGCCCACCUGCAUCAGUGCAUUUAUGACCGCCGCUACUCGCAGCUCUUAGCACUGCCUGCCCUUUGCGAGAUCGGAGACCGGCUGGAGAUCCUAACACCACUGUUGUCAGAGUAUCUAAACCGUCUCACCAUGAUUGUGGACAAUAAGCUGAACUGUGGGCCGGUUCUCACUUGGAUGGAGAUUGACAACCAUGGCAACAGGUUCCUGCUGAAAGAGGAAGCAUCUUUAAACGUCCCUGCCAUCGCCGCAGCUCACGUCAUCAAGCGCUACACUGCUCAGGCUAGCGAUGAGAUCUCCAUUGAGGUUGGUGAUAUUUUGUCAGUGAUUGACAUGCCGCCCAAAGAGGACACUACAUGGUGGAGAGGAAAGCAUGGAUUUCAGGUUGGCUUCUUUCCCAGUGAAUGUGUGGAGUUAAUCAAUGAGAAGAUGCCGCAGUCGGUCAGCGCUCCUGUCAGUAAGCAAGAGGUAGAUCUGAUGAGCUCCAAACCUGGUGCUACCAACACAACUGGACCUUCCUCUCCAACAUCAGUGUCCAAGAAACACGGUAAGCUGAUGGGCUUCCUGCGCACCUUCAUGAAGUCCAGACCCACCAAACAGAAGCUGAAGCAGAGAGGAAUCCUGAAGGAACGAGUGUUCGGCUGCGACCUCGGCGAGCAUCUGCUCAACUCUGGCCUAGAUGUGCCACAGGUCCUGACGAGCUGCUCAGAGUUCAUAGAGAAGCACGGUGUGGUGGACGGCAUUUACAGACACUCUGGUGUGUCCUCCAACAUACAGAAACUCAGGCAUGAGUUUGACAGUGAAAACGUUCCAGACCUGACAAAAGAUGUGUACAUGCAGGAUAUUCACUGCGUCGGCUCGCUCUGCAAACUCUACUUCCGAGAGCUGCCCAAUCCAUUGCUCACAUACCAGCUUUACGACAAGUUUGCUGAAUGUAUGGGAGAAAUGACGGAGGAAGAGAGAAUGGUGAAAGUGCAUGAUGUUAUCCAGCAGCUUCCUCCUCCGCAUUACCGCACUUUGGAGUACCUCAUCAGACACCUGGCCCAUUUGGCCACCUGCAGUGCAGAGACGAACAUGCACAUAAAGAAUCUGGCCAUUGUCUGGGCCCCCAAUCUGCUCAGGUCCAAAGAAAUUGAGGCAGCAGGUUUAACCGGCGCAGAUCCUUUUAAAGAAGUGCGCAUCCAGUCUGUCGUGGUGGAGUUUCUGCUCAGCAAUGUGGAAGUUCUGUUCAGUGACUCUUUCACUUCUGUCGGACGCUUCAAUGCAGCACGACAGUCCCUGACCAGGCCCAAGUCGUUUGUAUCCACCAGGCUCCUGUCUCUGGAGGAGGCGCAGGCUCGCACACAAGCUCCCCUUCUCCUUCAGGGAUCUCCUCACCAUGCUAUUGGCCAGUUCCACACUGUACUGGACCUGCCUGUCGACAAAAGGAAAAGAGGGAUGAAGGUGCGGAAGUCAGCGGGUGGAAGCUGGAAGACAUUUUUUGCCAUUGGGAAACCUGGGGCUGUAGGUCGACGCAAACCCGCCAGGAUCACCUCUCUAUUUCAGCCCACUACCUCUCAUGCAGGUUGCAGGGUGGACAGUGUGACGCUCAGGUCUGCGAAAAGUGAGGAGUCGCUGUCCUCUCAGCACAGUGGAGCAGGUCAAGGCAAGAUUCAGCGGUUACGGAGACCUCGCUCCAGCAGUGACGGUCUCUCUCUGGCUGCCUCUGUGGAUCCGCAGCUCCUUCCCCAAAACUCCCCAUCCAAAAUCCACCCGAGCCGCUCCUACGACAGCCUGCUGCCAGAGGAGACCCGUGAUGCUGAUGAGGAAGAGGAAAACGAAGACGAAGAGGAUGAGGAGGGUGUGUACAUGCUGCCUGAUUUCUCCCAGGAACCACCCUCUUCAUGGAUAACGGAGGAUGUCAUUGACUUUAGCCCAACCUUUCUGGAAGAUGGGCCAAUAGGGUUGGGGGGCACAGGCGGAGCUCCAAGUGGUAGAGAGUCUCCUCCUGCGGCCGCACCCCCUCCAUACCGCUGUCUGAGCCAUCAGGGCCACCAUGCCCGCUCUGGAAGCCAGCGCUCGAUCACUGAAGAUCCAGACUCUGUUCUUAACCAGUCUGAAGCCGCAGCCCGCAGGAGUUUGAUCCUGGCUGCAGCAGCUCCGCCUCAGCAAGUGUUCUGCCAGCACAGGCCGUCUAAUGCCCCUGCAAACACAACCCAGUCGGGCGAGUCAAAUUUAAGCCCGUCCCAUGCCCAGACGCCAGCUCCAGCAACCUCUGCACCCCCUUCUCAGCCCCCUCAGGAAAGGCGCUCCUUUACACGUAAAGUGGUUCAUGCACUUUCACCAAAAGCGCCAAAAUCUCCUCCUCUGGACAUCUCGGAUCCCAUCGCCAUCAGUGUUCCUGCCAAGGUUUUGGAAAUGAUUGGUGGACGAGCUGGUGAAUUGCAAUCUGGACUUCCAAGCAGUGGACCUCCUCAGCCACCCCAGAUGAUAUCUAUGCUCCUGAGGUCAUGUGACUUUCAGCUCACUGAAAGCUGCCAGCAAGAGCUCAGCAGUAAGUUGGGCCCCAUCGCCAAGAUCAAGGGUCCAAGUAUCUUGGGUCCUACUGGUGUUCCCCUUCCAUCACAACAGCCCCCUGCUCCUCCUCCCAAGAAUCCUGCACGCCUCAUGGCUCUAGCUCUGACUGAAAGUGCCAACAAGGCACUGCGGCAAGGUGCCUCCCCUCCAUAUCGCCCCCGUCAGAGUGCAGCCUCCCCUGAGAAAGACAUCCGCUUUCAGAGGUCACUCUCUGCUGAUGCAGGAGCUCUGCUGUCCUCUGAUCCUAAUCAGAUCUAUUCCACAGUGCGACCCUUAUCUGUGUGGAAGACUGAAGGUGGUGAUGGGGAUGAUGAAGAGGACGAUGAAGGAGCUGCCGCUGAAAAGGCUGCAGACAAAUCACAUGGUACAGAGCCAAGAUCUCCCCCUGGGCAGGACAUUGGGACUCUGUCUUCUAACAGCUCAGUCUCUGACUCUGGGACAACCAAUUCUGAGUUAUCAGCUGCCAGUUCCUCUGAGGACAAUGAGCGAACCCCAAGCCCCAUUUACAAGAAUGAAGAACCAACUUCUCCACCACAGCCCUUAAUAUCCAGCCCGCCCUCCUCAUCUGACCUAGUUCCUUCACAGAGAAAACCCCCAGCAUAUGGCCGCCAAUUUUCUGCACCACAGCUUCAGCAGGAGAAGUCCAGCGGCCCAUCUAAACCUGCCACCCAACCACACACUCAGCUCCUACACUCCAAAUCAGAGAGCUCUCCUCUAGCCCAGGUACGAGCCUUCCAGCCCACUCGCCCUAAAGUGCCACCCAAACCCCCUGAUCUUGCACCCUUAAGGGCUCCUCUCUCUCAGACUGACCGGCAUGAUUACAUGCGUCGCUCCUUAGAUGCCAGUCGCAUUCGACGAUUGGCAGGACCUCAGCAGGUGAACACACCACUUUCCAGAGCCUUCUCGGAGCGCAUCAGCAGCACCUCUGACAUGCUGUCUCGAUAUCAUGCUGCCAGAAUGGCCAGUCAGGCCGCCCAGGUUGCACAUCUCCCCCAGCAACAGGCCCAGUCCACUCCAAUUAGACCAGUUGUCCCCUCCUCUGAAGACCCAUCCAAGAUGGAGAACUUCUACUAUGAAAUUGGUGCACCUGAGCACCCACAAGUGCCACCUAGCUAUGCACGCCACAGUUACCAGAAUAUGAAGCCGGAUCUGGAAGGGAACCUCCGGCUCACUGACCCAGCCAAUCAAAGGCCUAUAUCCAGGGGUUACCCUCCUCCCUACAAUUCCCAAGGUGCCGGGGGUGGUAGAUCUACCCAGCUGUGGUCGUCUGAGGCGACACGAGCAUGGGCUGCAGCACACUCUCACUCUCACUCUUUCUCUUUUUCUCAUUCUCAUCAUCGCUCUCAGGAUGGAUCGUCAGGACAUCCUCCUCAUCCUCGUCCCCAGCGACAAACAUCAUCCUCUGUCAGGUUGUCCCGCAGUGAAGUGCAUCCCUUACCCGCAUCUACUGGAUCUUCCACAGGCAUGGUGCCUCUGUCUGUGCACCAACGGAGCUUGCAUCGCCCCCACCGUUCACCUUCUGCCGACCACACUGCUUCACAGCUUCACCCCUACUUUGAAAACGGGAAGGUGUGCUAUCGGUACUUUGAGGCUUCCAGGCCUGAAGACUUGCAAUUGAAUCUACAUGAGCAGGCUGUAGUGAAAACGUCUCAGGCCUCCCCAGUGCAAGGAAUCACAAAAGAUCAGCCCGAGCCUAUUUAUGUCAACUACCCCUUCACAAACCCACCAGGAUCAGGGGUUAAUUCAAAGGGCUGGGCCACUACUGACCUAGAUGAAAAUGAUUAUCAUGCAUCUGAGACGCAAGAAGCACCAUCUAAGUCACCACCAGAUGACAAGCAAAAGCAUUUAGAGCAAGAAAGUCCUACAGCUGACUUUGACAACCCUUCCCAAAAUGAUCUGUCCUCAGAUUCCAAAAUGAUCAACAUAGCAUUGUCAGCCUCCACUGCCAUGCAUUUCCGUAGCCGCUCAGAUCCCCAAAGUGCCAGCUCAGAGACUGCUCAUGUCCUGACUGGGAAGGAAAUUGCCUCCUUGCUAAUUGAAAAACUUGCAGAGGAUGAAAGAGAGGGUCCUUCUGUGCCAUCCUCUACGUCCUCUUCACCACACAUUGAGCACCCUCCAAAUCCCUACCCUAGCCAGCAUCAGCAACCACCACCUGCAUACAAUGUGUACACCCCAGGACCCUCUCGAGGGCGCUUUGAAGGUCAGGUGCCACCUAGAGAGGGAUCAGGACCUUUCCAACGUCAAGACCCCUUGAGGAGAUCUUCCGGAGGCCAGUAUAGACAAGCGUUUGACGUCAUGCCAUCUGGCGACCAAGUCCUUAAGUUUUACAGAAGCCAAGACUUUAUCCCAGGUGCCCAGGGAGAAAGCACAACCCCUAAUCCUUAUCCCCCUAGACCAUAUUAUCAGGACCCCCCAUACCCCAACUGGGGCCCACAAGGUCUCCCAGACUCUUCCCACACAUGCACUCCACCCACAGUGGCCUUCUCAAACUUAGCACUUGGAUCAACAAGAGGAUACGCACCGCAGACAGUGGCCAACCAGUAUAACCAGUUCCCAUACCAGUCAGGGCCAGUGCUUCCUCAGUAUCCCAACACACCACGGCGAGAUGUUGUACUGGAUCCUUCUCUCCGACCUCCAGGGUUGCGGAACCAGAGAGGGCUAAACCGACAGGGAAGCCUGCCGGGACCAAACUGGACCAUCCGAACUGAAGGCCAGACCCGUAGUUAUUGCUAAAGAGCACAACUGCCACUAAAAGUCCUGUGUCUGUUGACUUAAAAUGAGAUCAUAUGAAGUAGACCACUAUGUAGAGCACUAGACAUCUAUGUUUACUGUACAAUUGAACACGUUGUGAAAGUAAUUGUGUUAACCUCCUCAAGAGGAGAACGAAUGUACAGAAACAAAGUGGCAUAUUUCUUUACAAGUGUUUCAGUCUCAGAAAGACCCCACUGCUGUCCUGCAGUUAGCGUGUGUUGGAGUGGACAAAGGGUACGAGAUUAAGGCGUAAAGCAGAAAGGAUCAAAGAAGUGAACCAUUAAGUGGCUUAGUUAUGAAAACAUUCCAGAACACACUGUGCUGUCCAGCAGAGGGAGUCAGAGAGGUGCACAGCUGCUAUUCCUCUGACAGGAUGUUGCUCAGUGGCUAAUUUGUUUGAGUUUUUUUUUGCUUUUGGUUUAAAGUUCUUUUAGACCAGAGGUGUCCAAACUCGAUCCUUGGGAAACAGUGUCCUGGAAGUUUUGGCUCCAACUUUCUUCAACACACCUGCAAGGAUGUUUCUAGAAAGCCUUGUAAGAGCUUGAUUAGCUUGCCCAGGUGUGUUCAAAUGGGAUUGGAACUAAACUUUGCAGGACAUCAGUCCUCCAGGACUGAGUUUUGGCACCCCUGUUUUAGACACUAGGUUAUGCUGUACAGGGGCACAAGCUUAACAUGUCUUUCUUCUCAAAGUACGAUAAAAAUAACCUCAAGAGAUGCUGUUGGUUUUAAAAAACUUUAUGAAAAUGGCUGUUUUUUUGUUAUCUUAAGUUUGUUGGCAGAAAUGUGACGUUAUUUCCAUUUUUAAUUGCUUUUGAUGUCUCUAAGUUAUUGUAAGAUUUCAUUGUGAAAGUUUUAUUUGCCUUUUUAGAAUUUGUUUCAAAGAAUGUGAAGAUUCAGACUUUGACCUUUUUAAUGGUUUUAAUUUCUUUUAAAGUCUGUGUGAAUUUGUAUGAGUGUGUGUGUUGUUGAGCACAUAAAACACAAAGGGUCAUUUCUUUUUUUGUGGGAGGGUGUGUAAUUGAGAACGCAUAUUUCUGAGAGGUACUGUUUUCUGCUCAUUCUCAAGUAAUGUGUCAGAUGAUUUGUGUAUCAAUAUUAGUGUUCUAAUCCAAAGCAAGUAUUUCAGGUAGGUCACGUCACCCUGUGUCACUCCCAGACAUCCUUGGGUUUCUGUGAAGGAAGAAUCCCAACCUAGCAACAUUGAAUAACUAGUACUGUUCAACUCAAAACACUGAAGAUUUUCAAUGCACAUAACACUAGUCUUAGAAGACAGUUUUCUGGGCAUGGUACUGUCUCAGUGUUUGUAGUACCUGUACGGUAAUUCAAAGUCUUGGAAAUUUUUCUAAAAUGUAUUAGAAGUGGAUUCUUAAAAAAAUAUGUUUAGUAAUUGGUGCCUUCUAUUAAAUAAUUGCUAGUCUUUUAAAUAAUCCUUUGCUCUAAAACAAUGGUCUCAAACGCCAUUCCUGGAGGGCGGCAGCUCUGUAUAGUUUAUCUCCAACCAUGAUCAAAUAAAGCUGAUCCAAAUAAUGAAGGUGUUCAUGAGUCUUUUAAACGCCUCGUAUAUUUGAAUCAGCUGUGUUUGAUAGGGUUAGAGUAAAACUGCAGAGCUGAGGUCCUCCAGGAAUGGAGUUUAAAACCCAUGUUCUAAAAUAUAGGUGUCAAGCUCGAUUCCUGAAUGGCCGCAGCUCUACAUAGUCUUUCUCCACCCCUAAUCAAACACAACUGAUGCAGCUAAUCAAGGUGUUCAACACUACUAGAGACUAUUAAGCAGGUGUGAGUUGGAGAUGGUUGGAGUUAAACUAGCUGUGUCCCUCCAGGAAUGCAGUUUGAGACUGUUGCUCUAAAACAUUCUGUUGGUCUCAUACUCACUUCCUGGAGGGCCACAUCUCUGCACAGUUUUACUCCAACCUUAUCAAACACAGAUGAUCCAGAUAAUUAAGGUGUUCAAAAAAGUCAUGAACACCUUCAUCAGCUUUGUUUGAUCAGGGUUGGAGCAAAACUGCAGAUCUGUAUCCCUCCAGGAAUUGACUUUGAGACCAUCGAUCUAAAAGCAACUAUUGAAAAUCUUUACCUGAGCCAAGUUGCCCUAUUUACAGAUUUCCAAAGCUUCGCACUAGUAAUUCCUGAGGUGUAAAUGAAGAGUGUGUGCGUUUGUGUGUGAGAGAGACACACUGUUUGCAUGUCUGUUAUCUCAGUUUUGUUUAAUACAUAUCUAUGCAGUGAAUAACCAAGGGGGAUCUGUUCCUUAAAAAAAAAAACACUAAAUAUUAAUGCUACCUAUGUAUGUCAGCAGACUGUGAGCGUAUAUGUUCCAGUUGAAGAGGUCAUGCAUGUGGCUUUGAGGGUAUAUACUGUACAUGUCCAACAAUCUCCCCUUCCGCCUUGAACACUUUACGAAAAGGCAGUUGAUCCUAUUUUGUAAUAUUUUCAAAUAUGUGAAUAAAACAUUGGACACCGUCAGUGACACA